GUGUCCCACCUGAUAAGGACGCCAGGUACUGGAAUUGGGGUCCAUCCCAAUCCAGGAUGGUCUCAUCUUAACUUGAUGACAUUUGCAAAGACCCUAAUCCCCAAAUCAGGUCACAUUUCCAGGUUCUGGAUAGAUGUGAAUUUGGGGAGGGGGCCUUGUUCGACCCAGCACAGGUACUGGUAGCAGCACUGUGCUUUCAGUUCCUUUUAGACCUUUUCUCUGUGGCAUAAAAUGAUCCGGGCACUGGUUCACACGAGAGAUCCAUUCAGUAAGUGCCAGUUGUACGAUAGCAACCACAAAGGAAAUGACUGGCCCGUCAGUACUUCCAUCCCUUUCGAACACUGCCAUCAGUUCCUCUUUUGACUCUCUGAGUUUUCCCGGCAUCAUUAUUUGAUCUUCUUCCUUUCCCAUUCCUUCCUACUCUCCCUUCUCCAAAGAUGGUAUGAACUGCCCUCUUCAGGUUGGAACUUCACUAGGAGUCGAACUGCUGAGAUUUUUCUCAGGUGGGUGAGAUGGUCCCUGGCUCCUGAGCUGGCGCUCUUGUCUACCACCUCCUCCUAUUCUUUUAGUUGCACCUCAGUGUCAUCUGCCUCUCUUGUGUCCCUGAUCGUUCUCACGGCCGGCGGUUCAGUCCGUCGCGGUUAACUGCCUCACCUACGGCCUUCUCAGCCUCACCUACAGGCGUCAUAAUCUUGUUGGCCCAACACACAGGGAUAUCCCGAGUUUGCACGUAAAUGCUUUCCGCCGUUCUUCCACCUUCAGGUUUAUAGGGUCAUUAGAUCCGAUUUCUUUGAAAUGAAAUGUGUGUUUUGUAUUAUUGUUGACACUCCUGGGUCUCAGCCACCCAGUUCCAGAGAUAACCAAGAAGCUGCUUUCCCUCCUUGCACUGAGGUAAGAAAUAUGCUUGAUUCCCUGUAUUCUGUACUCUUGUGUGUAAACAGGCAAUGACAUCAUCUUUCUGACCCGUUACUUUUUUUUACUACUUAACUGGGAUUUGCUUCUGUCUUGAGGCCUUUUUAUGUUGGAUUUCCUUGUCCUAUAGAGAAAGUAAUACUAUAGACAUAUUUGCGUUUUUUUCUGCCUUUGAACUAUUUUAUCAUGUCCUAUCAAACAUUUCUUUCUGUCUUUAGACUUCUCAGUUUUUGCCAGGAGGCCUGUAGAAUGAUAAUUGAAACCUCUUUACUUGCCCAUUACCUUAAAAAAAAUUAAAGAACAAAUAUGAACAGAUUAUCAUUUUUGAACUAAAUUUUGGUAUCAACUUUUAUCACUGAUAGUAUACAAUAACAUUUUAGUGGUCAUGUGAUUCUAAUACAGUACUGUAAAUAUCUUCCUCUGUAUUUAGGACUUUGAAGUAGACCAUGGUUACUCAUCAUGAUUUUAAAAGCUACAGAAACUGCCGUUCUCCGAGCUCCUGCCUCAGAACCCAAGAGUACACAUAGUCAUGAAACACUUAACACAUACACUCAUAUUCCGGAUAGCCUACUUCUUUCUACUUUUAGCUGAAGUCGAGAAUUAGCAGUUGUGUUUUUAUAUGUGUUCGUUGGAGUUAAGACAGAUAUAGAUAGAUAGAGAUAUAUACACCAGUACAUGGUAAAUGAGUCAGUUAUAAUAGCGUAUGUAGAUGCUUAAUUAUACUUAAGCAUGGUUAAGUAUAGAUUAGUAUAAAUUUUAAUCUCUUAUCUAGUUAAACUUGGGAGAUUAAAUAUAUUCACUUAGCUCCCUUCCUCCCUGAAAUGCCACUAAAUUGACAGCAGUUUUUGAAAAAGCAAGCCCGCAAGGAAUAUGAAAAUGGAAGAGAGAAUGCUGCCAAUUUUUGGAAACCAGAAUUCAGACAAACAUUUAAUAAACUUAGCAGACCCGGGAAAAUGAAAUCCUAGGCUGGCUGUGGGAGAUGGGAGACGCAACCUGAUUUAUAUCUGAGUCUCCAGAAGGCUUGGUAGUUGCCAACUCCAGGUACCUCUGGGAGUGGAAGGGAAGCUGAAAACAGUGGAAGCGGUUCAGAGUCCGGUGGCAGAAGCAGUGAGACCCCCGAGGUCCCUCUGCAGCCCUGGCUCGAGGCUGAGGUCUACUGUUUGGAGAGAGUGAACCAGAGGCCUCUGGACUGGAGAGGACACACACGUUGCAGAGGGUGGGGCCACUGUGACGAGGGCACGGAAGAGUACAUGUCCUGCACUGGGAGCGUCCCAGCCUCUCCCCCUGUACUCCCUGAACGUUGGCAGCCACGUGCUUGGCUUCCCGACAGGAGCCCAGAAGACACUUCUCUGGGGGACCUGCCCAGCCCCAGAAAAUACACCCAGACGUACUGGCUUCAGGGGGACCCCCCAGUGGAGCUGCCCAGCCACGUCACUCUACAGUGAGGACACGGUGGUGAAGCCCCACCUCCGCACACAGAGCUUUCCAUCAGCUUCUAGUGUUGUACUUUUAAAUAGAAGCAGACAACGAAAUACCUCUGUUCAUUUGAGGAAAGGAGCUAACAUGAAAGACAAACGAGAACAAAUGGAAAAAAAAAACUUGUAAGAAACAGACUAUACAGCAAGAAGAAAACUUUAAAAAAAAAAAACCCAUCACAGAUAUCUUCAGAGGGAUUGAAAUAGAUGUUACAUCCAUAAAGCAAGUACAGGAUGCUAUUAAAAGGAACCUUUGAGAACAACAGAGAGUUAUUAAUUACAAAAAAUCAAAAUAGAACUGAAAGAUUUUAGAGAAGUUUGAGAAUAACAAUUGAAGGAGUUUUCCAGAAAGAUGAUAAAGUCAAAGAGAUGGAAAGUAAUAGAGAAAAUAUAAGAAAAUUAAAUGACAGCCCAGGAGAUCCCACACUGUGAUAGCAAGAGUUCCAGAAAGAGAAAAUGGGAAUGCGGCAGGAAGGUUUGAGGAAAUCGACACAGGAGUUACUGAAGAAAUUACUCAGAACUGAGAGAUGGGAGUCCGAGUUGUUAAGAUUGAAAAGAUCUGUCAAGUGCCCAACCCUGUGGAUAAAAAUAGAUACAAAUCAAGCACAGAAAUGUAAAGUUUCAGAAUGUGGAGAGAAAACUGCUUACAAGCUUCUAGAGAGAAAAAGAUUUCAUACAAAGAAACCAGAAUUAGAGUUGCAACACCGGAAGCUCUAGAAGACAGUAAAGGCAGUGCCUUUUGAGCAGAAGUAGUUUCCAGCUUAGAAUUCUAAAACAGCCAGACAGUUAAGUAAGGAGGUAGAAUUACCAGACAUUCAGAGUUUCAAAAAAAUUUACCUUCCGUACACCCUCCACAGGAGUUACUAGAAGAUGUGCCCCUCCAGGACAAGGGAAUAAACCAAGAAAGAAGAAGAUGUGAGACCCAGGAAACAGGGGACCCAAGCGAAGGAUGGCCCAGCUGAGGGUGAAAGGGACACCCCCACACCCCAGCUGUGCAGCACAUCCUGAGGUCCGGGAGCCCAAGGCUGGAGCUGGACAGGAGGCUGUGGCAGAACACCCGCAAGAAGUGGAAAUGGGAGAGUACCUUUUCCCCUGCAACAGCACCGGAGGAGAUCAGUGCGGCUUCAAAAAUUAAAGCACAGAGCACGGGGCUGUUCACCUGACAUCAGACAAAUAGACCUUGACGUCAACCGCACAUUUAGGGACCAUAUUAUGUUUAGAGACCGAUAUGGUGUUAAGCAACAAUCCCUAUUCCAUGUUCUUGCUGCAUAUUCUAUUUAUAACACGGAAGUUGGAUACUGUCAGGGGAUGAGCCAGAUCACAGCUUUGCUCCUUAUGUAUAUGAAUGAAGAAGAUGCCUUCUGGGCCCUGGUCAAACUAUUCUCAGGCCCCAAACAUGCCAUGCAUGGCUUUUUUGUUCAAGGUUUUCCUAAACUCUUGAGAUUUCAAGAACAUCAUGAAAAAAUACUGAAUAAAUUUCUGUCCAAGCUUAAGCAACACUUGGAUUCUCAAGAAAUCUACACAAGUUUUUACACAAUGAAAUGGUUUUUUCAAUGUUUCCUUGAUCGUACUCCCUUUACACUAAACCUCAGAAUAUGGGAUAUCUACAUCUUUGAAGGAGAACGAGUUCUUACCGCUAUGUCUUAUACAAUCUUAAAAUUACACAAAAAACACCUAAUGAAACUGUCCAUGGAAGAACUUGUAGAAUUUCUUCAGGAGACCCUGGCAAAGGAUUUUUUCUUUGAAGAUGACUUUGUAAUAGAGCAACUUCAGAUUUCUAUGGUAGAACUGAAGCGCGCAAAAUUAGACCUCCCAGAACCUGGUAAAGAGGAUGAAUACCCACGGAAACCUUUGGGACAGCUUCCACCCGAAUCUGCUGGCAUCAGUCACCUGAGCAACGGACAAAGAAGCAUGGGCAGGUCAAGUCCCCCUCUGAACAGCAGAAGAGAGAGCAACUCUUCACCCCACAAAAAGCAUGAGCAUUCCCCUCACCAUCAAGGUCGAGUUGGCACACCAGAAAGAGUAAGGGCGCUGAGAAGGAAAUCCGUGGACGAAGACAGUAAAAAGCUUAAAGACGAAGCAGAUUUGCAAAGAAAACUUCCAUCGGGCCCACAAGACAGUUCGAGGCAAUAUAAUCACGCAGCUGCUAACCAGAACAGCAAUGCCACUUCAACUGUCAGGAAGGAAUUUGUGCCCAAGUGGAAUAAACCGUCAGAUACUUCAGCUGUUGAAAAAACUGCCAAAUAUGCCAUCGAAGGCAAAAGUAGGUCAGCACACCCCUCGCUCACAGCCACCGUCCCGAGUUCUGCUGAUACUCGGAUGUCGAAUGUGAGGCAAAAGAUGAAGGUUUGGGAUGUCGAUGAAGGGAAACGGGGCUCCAAUGCAUCCCAGUACGAUAACGUGCCCGAGAAUGAUAACAGCGCGUCUAUUGAAGAGGCGCUAGAAAGAGCUUACUGUCACAGUCCCAGGAAGCACGUGGAGCCAGGGUCUAGUCCGUCAAGAGCCUCAAACAAGUUUACUUUUAAAGUGCAGCCUGCAGGUUUCACAAAAUACCCGUCUCCGUUGGACGGGGAAGAUCGCAGGACAGUGCACCCACCCUCCUACAGUAACCCCCCUGUGUACCACGGAAAUUCUCCCAAACACAUCCCUGCUGCCGACAGCAGCUUUGCAUCUCCGCAGUUGACCCAUGGGACUCCAGGGAAUCCUUCCAGGAGACCUUAUGGCUCUACUCUUUCAGUCGAUACUUCUCCAGAGAAAUCUUACAGCCGCCCUCUUCCUCUUGUCCUGCCAUCCAGCCGAAUAGAAGUUCUUCCUGUGGAGACCGGUGCCGGGGGGUAUUCAGGCAAUUCGGAGUCACCAAAGAACGGGAAAUUCCUCAUUCCUCCAGUGGAUUAUCUGCCGGAUAACAGAAAAUGGUCAGAAGUUAGUUACACAUACAGACCUGAGACUCACGGACAGCUGUGGACUCAAGAUGCUAACCGUAGCCACUUGAGCAAGUUACCAAAAUAUUCCGCCUUUCAGCAUGUUCCCUUUCAGGACCAUAGCCUCCCAGCAGUCUCAGUAGAUAGUCCAGUGCGAUACAGAACUUCACCAGGUUUAGAAGAUGCCGGUUCCUCUGGGUAUCAAUAUUCAGGGCCCUCGCCUCCAGGAUAUCACUACAGAAAUCGGGAUGGACUUUCUAUUCAAGAAUCAGUAUUGCUGUCCUAAAGUGAUGUAAGGGUCUGCCCCGACUUGAUUCAGCUUCUCUGCCUUUGCAGCCAUUUUCUUUCCAUCUGAAAAUUAAAGACACUGGAGAGCAAGGCUCACCACUUAAUGGUGCUUAAACAUCGGGGCACUCAAAGUAAGUUUAUGGCCAAAGGCGCGGCCGCGCUGCCCGUUGCAUCCACGCACCCUGAGAUCAGUGUCAGAGCAGCUUUAGUGCGUUCGGCGCCCUUUGUUCUGGUCUGACUCUUGCAGAGCUCAGAGCAGAACGCUCCUUGCCAGAUGCAAAGGAAGCGCCGAGGUCCUGCUCUCCAGUGGAUGCCAGCAGGAGGAGUUACCGAUGAGUGCGCGCUCACGCGGGGCGGCAGAGCGGCUCCUGUGAAGUUCAUUCGAGAGCUGGAUCAGCAGUAUGGUGACUUCUCACUCCUGCCCUUUCGAUUCCCGCAGGCCCAGGGCGUUCAUUUACACGGUCUUUCCCUGGCACUCUUUCUUUGAAGGCCCUAGUGGGUAUCGCUGCCCUUGGGCCGCUAAAUUAGCACUGUGUAAAAUUGUAAACAAUGAUCCUAAUUAUUGAUAGGAGUCUUAAGAUUUUAGUCUUUUGUAAAAACGAGCGUGACUUUCAUGCUUUCAAAAAUCCCCUUUUUUUCUUUCUCAGUGAAAAAAAU